GGUACAGAGGUUCAGACGAUAAAGAAGUUCGAUGCGGGUUCGAACAUGAAACCACCGGCAACGGCUGUCAACGCCAGGAAACUCGACGAGGAGACGGAACCGGCUACGUUGAACCGAAUAGCGGCGAAUGUGAGACAGGCCAUACAAAAGGCACGGUUGGCUAAGAAGAUGAGUCAGGCCGAUCUGGCUAAGCAGAUCAACGAGAAGCUACAGCUGGUUCAAGAGUACGAGAACGGGAAAGCUGUUCCUAACCAGGCUGUGUUAGUGAAGAUGGAGAGGGUCUUGGAAGUCAAGCUGAGAGGAAACUCAGGGUCGGGAAAGUAAAUGAGAAUG